AUGAGCACAAGACGUCCGAGACGACUCCUGGCUGCUUAUCUCAAGAAGCUUGAAGAAGAUAGUAGACGUCUCCAAGCAAUAAGCACGCAUAACCAAACCCCAGAGACCGAACCAACGUUUACCCCGUUUCAUAACCAAAAUACCCAAGACGAAGAUGAGCCUCCAUCGCUCUCAAAAGAGGAGAGUAAUCUGUUCAACCCACUCUUCGACAGGCAGCCCGAAAAGCCUAUACAAGAACGAUCCUCAGAGCCGGGUUUCAUCGGCGAAGCUUCAUGCGCUGCAUUCAGCAACAGAUUAUUAUCAUGUCUCGACGACACCUAUACCCCAUCAACGGCUGGUCUCUCAAAUUAUCACCGCCUCAGCACAUACGGAAGAUUAUCAACAGACAAAGGCGCAGAGUUUCCCGAACGAAUGCACGUCAAGCUACUUCUCAACGUGGCUCGACGGUUUAUAGGCAACUAUCAUCCUUUGUUUCUCGAGGUCACAUUCAUGAAAGAAAUUGAUGCUGUUUAUCGAAGAGAGAUUAUGCCUUCGACAUUAUGGCUUUGCAAGUUUUAUGCUCUCAUGGCUUUGGGAGAGAUUUAUACUCAUAGGAGAGGAGUUGGUGACAAUAAUAGAGUUCCGGGUACUAACUACUAUGUCAGGGCAGUGAGCUUACUACAGGAGAAUCCAGACUAUUACGAAGAACCCUCCUUGAUGCAAGUGGAGGUUCUAACACUCCUGGCUUGGGCAUCCAACAUCUUGGGCCGUAUACGAACUGCAUAUUGCUACAGUGGAAUCGCCAUGCGUCUCGCCCAAAGUCUAGGAAUGCAUAGGUCCGCAUCGAGACAUACGACGCUUACACCCGUCGAGCGAGAAAGUCGCAGACGAACGUGGUGGGUGCUAUACUUCUUUGAUCGCUUCUCAGCCUCCAAGCUUGGCCAGCCCAUCACUAUACGGGACGAAGAUAUCGAUGUUGAGAUGCCAAGCAUGGAAGGCUUGACAAGGGAAGAGAUGGCGGAAUUCCUUGACCCGCAGAAUCUAAUAAUUAAUAUCAAACUAGCAAGGAUUAUUGGCAAUAUCUUGACGCAUAUCUAUGGCAUACCCAAAGCUACAAACGGUCUUUAUAUACAUCAAGUUCACGGCAUACUGAAGCAGCUUCGAGCAUGGCACGACGAUCUACGCUCUGACAUGCGAGUCAAAGAGCGUGGCACUCCCCGCCCAGUUGCAAGUCUUCAUUUGGCAUAUAACCAGUGCAUCAUACAAACCACCCGCCCUGUUCUUCUCCACCUCUUCAAGACGCAGUUCCAACUCGGCACUCGAGCUCGAGGUGAUGCAUCGCCCCGACAAAACGUCUCGUCAAUCACGCUUGCGCUGGCAGAGAGCUGUGUCAAUGCAGCACAGGCGUCAAGUCGGAUAGUCGAAGGGCUCUUUCUCGAUGGAUCGAUAGCGACUUUCGGAUACUGGGAUGCCCAUCAUAUCUUCUCCGCGGCUAUGGUUCUCAUCAUGUCUGCUGUGAUGAAACCCACAGCUGUUAACUCUGAUCAUCUCGAGACUUUGCUGAGUGUUUUAAGAUCACUGAAAAACGACGGCAACAUACCCGCCGUUGACUUUUGUGAAAGGCUAUCGCAUAUCCAAGCCCGUGUAUCGUCUUUGAGAGCAAUAGGUCGCUUAGACGGCAUGAGCUUCGAUAGACCUCUUGCCAGAAAACAGGCAUCUACUGAUAUGGCUGAAGGGGGUUUAGGAGCCUCUACAACUUCAGAACAACCUUUUCAAACACCUAUGAGCAUGGAUAACGGGUCUGGGAUGUGCGACUCGGGGAUUAUUGACUAUGAAAAUGUUGAUGUUCUUGGGAAUCCACUUAUUGGUAGCUUUUUAGAUGGGAAUCAAGUGCAGUGGUUAGAUGUUUUGUUUGCAGAGGACGGGACGUUGAAGGAAUUUGCUUCUGAUAUUGAAGAGCCUUUCUUAUUCAGGUAG